CUCACUCAGAAAAAUAAUUCUGGAACUUGGACUGUCUGUUAAUGUCAUAAGAAAAAGUUAUAAUUAAGUAUCAUAAGAGUUAUAUUCUUAACUAUUAUAAAAGGGGUACCUACUGAUUUCAAUCUUCAAUACACACAUAAUUUCCUUACAGUCUACACCACAUUUUUUUAUCCAGUGUUCACUUACAGAGAGAUGUGGAGGCUGAAAAUAGCAGAAGCGAGUCAAACGGGUCGUAACCCGUACCUUUUUAGCACAAACAACUUUGCAGGGAGGCAAAUAUGGGAGUUUGAUCCGAAUGGAGGAACUUUGGAAGAACGCGCUGAGGUGGAACAAGCACGUGCCGAUUUUUGGAACCGUAGACAUGAAGUUAAGACUAGCAGUGAUGUUCUUUGGCGUAUGCAGUUUUUAAGAGAGAAGGAGUUUAAACAAACGAUACCGCAGGUGAAAAUCGAGGAUGGUGAAGAAAUAUCGUAUGAAAACGCUACGAUCGCGUUGCGGAGAUCGGUUAAUUUCUUUGCAGCCUUGCAGGCUGAUGAUGGUCACUGGCCAGCUGAAAAUGCUGGACCCUUGUAUUUCAUGCAGCCCUUGGUGAUGUGCUUGUAUGUUACCGGGCACCUUAACAGUGUUUUUCCAGCAGAAUAUCGAAAAGAAAUCCUACGGUAUAUGUAUUGUCAUCAGAACGAAGACGGAGGGUGGGGAUUCCACAUAGAGGGUCACAGCACAAUGUUCUGCACCACCCUCAGUUACAUUUGUAUGCGUCUGUUAGGAGAAGGACCGGACGGUGGUCUGAAUGGCGCCUGCACCAAAGCCCGUAAAUGGAUCCUUGAUCAUGGCUCGGUCACAGCCAUUCCAUCAUGGGGCAAAACAUGGCUUUCUAUACUUGGUGUAUGCGAAUGGGCUGGAACCAACCCGAUGCCCCCCGAGUUCUGGAUCCUUCCUUCUUUCCUACCUAUGUAUCCAGCAAAAAUGUGGUGUUACUGUCGCUUGGUAUACAUGCCAAUGUCGUACCUAUACGGGAAACGAUUCGUGGGUCCCAUUACUCCAUUGAUUCUACAACUUAGAGAUGAACUUUACGCGCAGCCUUAUGAAGAAAUCAAAUGGAAGAGCAUAAGACAUUUGUGUGCAAAGGAAGAUUUAUAUUACCCUCAUCCUUUACUACAAGAUUUAAUGUGGGACAGUCUCUAUGUUUGCACCGAGCCUUUACUGAAUCACUGGCCGUUAAAUAAACUUAGAGAGAAAGCGCUUCAAACGACAAUGAAGCAUAUUCAUUAUGAAGACGACAACAGUCGAUAUAUCACUAUUGGUUCUGUAGAAAAAGCACUGUGUAUGCUUGCAUGCUGGGUUGAGGAUCCAAACGGUGUUUGUUUCAAAAAGCACCUUGCCCGAAUCCCGGAUUAUCUCUGGGUUGCCGAAGAUGGAAUGAAAAUGCAGAGUUUUGGUAGUCAAGAGUGGGAUGCCGGUUUCGCCAUUCAAGCUCUAUUGGCUACUGAUCUUACCGAAGAAAUCGGCUCUACUUUGAUGAAAGGGCAUGAAUUUAUUAAAGCUUCACAGGUUCAAGACAAUCCUUCCGGUGACUUCAAAAGCAUGCACCGGCAUAUCUCUAAAGGGUCGUGGACCUUUUCCGAUCAAGAUCAUGGAUGGCAAGUUUCAGACUGUACCGCCGAGGCAUUGAAGUGUUGCCUUCUAUUUUCAACAAUGCCACCAGAAAUUGUCGGCGAGAAAAUGCAACCCGCGCAACUGUAUGAUGCUGUCAACGUAAUACUUUCCUUACAGAGCAAAAACGGUGGACUAGCCGCAUGGGAACCAGCAGGAUCAUCAGAUUGGCUAGAGAUUCUCAAUCCUACCGAGUUCUUUGCGGACAUCGUCAUUGAGCACGAGUAUGUUGAGUGCACAUCAUCAUCAAUCCAGGCCCUUGUGUUGUUUAAGAAGUUACACCCCGAGCAUAGAAGGAAAGAGAUCGAAAAUUUCCUUACGGGUGCAAGUGGAUACCUAGAGAAAAUACAGAUGCAAGAUGGUUCAUGGUACGGAAACUGGGGCGUGUGUUUUACGUACGGUACAUGGUUUGCUCUUGGAGGACUGGCGGCUGUCGGAAAGACUUACGAAAACUGUCCCGCUAUUCGUAAAGGUGUCAAAUUUCUGCUGGAAACACAGCUGGAAGAUGGUGGUUGGGGCGAAAGCUACCAAUCCUGCCCGGAAAAGAAAUAUAUACCUUUGGAAGGAGGCCGGUCCAAUUUGGUACACACUGCAUGGGCCAUGAUGGGACUCAUUCAUUCUCGGCAGAUGGAGAGAGAUGCCACACCGCUACAUAAAGCAGCCAAGUUGUUGAUCAACUCACAGCUGGAAAACGGUGAUUUUCCGCAACAGGAAAUUGCUGGAGUAUUCAUGAAGAACUGCAUGCUGCACUAUGCGCUAUACCGAAAUAUAUACCCGAUGUGGGCUCUAGCUGAUUAUCGCAAGCAUGUGUUGCCCCUGUUCAAAAGCGUUUAAUACUACCAUCCAACAUACUUGAUUUAAUACAUUAAAUAAUUAUUUAUAUGAAGUAAAAAAAUUUUUAGGUGGUCAAGAGUUACUAAAAUUAUGUAUAAUUCUGUUUUUUUUUUUUUUUUUAUCUUCUUCAUGUAUGGCUUAAACUUUUAUUAAGAUUAUGUAAUGAUCCGCGCAGAUAACAUAAUAAAUCGGUUGUUCCAUUUAAUCUGGUGUUGCGAUGUAGCAUGUGCUUUGUGAAUAGAUGUUUGCA